CAAAAUUACCCAUCAAUGCAUGUUCUCCUAAUACGUGGAAAGCGAGGUCAGAUAGUAUCCUGUGUCCGUUUCAGGCCGUCUCUUAUCAUUGCCCAGAUACGCGCUAAACUUCAAGGGCAUCCCGUAUCGUACAGAAUGGAUUGAAUUCCCUGAUAUCGAGGCGUUAUACAAGAGGCUUGGUGUAUCGGCCAGCGCGACCCAGCCUGAUGGCAUGACACCAUACUACUUCCUCCCGCUCAUUAAUGACUUGUCAACUGGCGCUAUCGUAUCCGAAUCAGCCGCUAUCGCCGAAUAUCUUAAUGCCACCUACCCUUAUACUCCGUCCCUCUUCCCUCCCGGUACACGAGCCCUACAAGCUGCAUUCACAUCUGCCUUUGAAGCGCACAUCAUGGCGAUAAUUCCAUUUUUAGUCCCUGCAUCAAAUGCAAUAUUGCAUCCACCAAGCCAGGCGUUCUUCAGGCGAACGAGGGAGGAAACAUUCGGGAUGACACUUGAAGAGAUGAUACCGCAUGGGGAGCAUAGAGAGAAGCAAUGGGCGCUCUUUAAGCAUGACCUUGGCAAGGUUGAUGCGUGGAUAGCGAAGGGGGACCCGUUUGUUAUGGGAAACGUGCCUACGUUCGCGGACGUCACUAUGUGUGGGUGGAUCUUGUCUUUUCGCAUCAUUUUCGGCGAGGAUAGCCCUGAGUGGAAGGAUUUGUCGGUGUGGCAUGGUGGACGGUGGGAAAGGCUGGUUAAGAGCUUUAAGAAGUAUGAAGUGGUUGUGUAGGGCGAUUCUUCACGGCUGUACCCCUCGAGACGUC